AACCCCGCAAAAAUGGUCUACACAAUCGUCGUUCACCUCUACGCCAAAGCCGACAGCGCAUCCAUCUCGAAGCUCAAGGCCAAGCUUGUCGAGGCCAGCGGCGUGUACAGCAAGGACCGCGAGACGCUGAGCUGGUUCGUUAUGCAGGAUGUCCAUGAUGAGCGCAAGUUCACGAUUGUGGAGCGCUAUCUGAAGGAGAGUAGUCAAAAGUAUCAUCUUGAGAACCGUAGGUUAAAUCCAUUUUCACCAUCCACAACAUAACCAUUGCACACCUCACAUGCAAAUAUUUAUCAUCACGUGCUAUACCUCUCUUCCUCCUCCCCCUUAUUUCCUCAACCAAUAGAGAAACAACUCCGAAAAAAAAAAGAUCCCAACUAACUUCCUCUAGCAUACUGGCAAACCUUCGACCCCUACGUCCUCCCCCUCCUCGACGCGCCCAUGGAUCUGCGCAGGUUCGAGGAAAUGGAUACGAGCGGCACCGCCGCAAGCGCGCAUUACAGUGAAGAAGCCAAGGGAGAUCCCAGUGUGGGUGACAUGUACAGGGAGUCGUAAAAAGCAAGUUCCUUUCGAGUGUUGAUGCUGUGAUAUGGUG